AUGAAUAAUAUUGAUAUCGGUCGCUACAAGCGUAUCGUCCAAUAUUUCUGGGACCCCGAACCCAAGAACGACGAAGGGCCCGGUUCUCGACUGUGGUGUCUCGGGAGCCAGUAUGUCACGCAAGACGAGGACUUUGUUCUACUAGACCCAGCAGCCUCCAAAGAAACGACAACACAAACCUCACUCGAAACAGAAACCGAAACACAGCAGAAAAACAACCAGACAUCGCCAGACGAACCAAGCACAGACUACCAGAGCUCCAACAAGCCGCUGGCGGAGAAGAGGCUAGACACUACUACUACCACCACUCUUGGCUGGCCCAAGGCAUUUCUGGACGAUUUCGAGUCAAAAGUAUGGAUGACAUACAGAUCCAACUUUCCAACCAUUGCCAAAUCCGAAGACCAAAAUGCGUCGCAAACAAUGUCGUUGGGCGUUCGACUGCGCAGUCAUCUCAUCGAAGGGUUUACGUCAGAUACUGGCUGGGGCUGUAUGAUACGUUCGGGCCAGAGUCUUCUUGCCAACGCGAUAUUUGUCUCACAACUGGGUCGAGACUGGCGCCGAGGAACGAGAGAGGAAGACGAGGGCAGACUGCUAUCUAUGUUCGCCGACGAGCCCGAUGCGCCCUUUUCCAUACACCGAUUCGUGAAUCAUGGGUCGUUAUACUGUGGAAAGCACCCCGGAGAAUGGUUCGGUCCUUCUGCAACGUCUAGAUGCAUAGAAGCCCUCUGCCAAGAUCAUCCAGACGCGGGACUGAAUGUCUACGUGACCAACGAUAGUUCAGACGUCUACGAAGAUCGAUUCAGAGCAGUCGCUCUCGACAAGUCAGGCCACAUGCGACCGACCUUGAUCCUGCUCGGUAUUAGACUCGGAAUCGACCGCGUCACGCCGGUAUAUCGCAAAAGCCUCGAGGCGGCACUGACGAUGCCACAGUCGAUAGGAAUCGCAGGGGGCCGACCGUCAGCUUCGCAUUACUUUGUAGGCGUCCAGAACCCGUAUUUCUUUUACCUUGACCCCCAUCAUACUCGACCUGCACUGCCGCCCAGGGAAAGGGGACAGACGUAUACACAAGAGGAGCUGGACAGCUAUCAUACCCGCAGGCUCCGGCGGUUGCAUAUCGAUGACAUGGAUCCCAGCAUGCUCGUCGGAUUCCUUAUCAAGGAUGAAGAUGACUGGAGCGACUGGAAGAGGCGCAUUCAAACACCCCAAGAAUCCGGAAAAGCCAUUGUUCAUGUUCACGCUGCUAGCUCUGACGCAGCACCCAGCCCGACGCACGAAAGAGCGACUGCGCUGGAUGAGGUUGAAGCACUGGACGAUAGCGAGCUAGACGAAGAUUAA